GACAAAUCGAACUUUGACGUCGAGAGGAGACCAGGGCCAGUGGCAGCAGCAGAAGCAGCAGCAGCAGCGUCGUCAGCCGUAUCAACACCAUGACGAUCCACACCGAUGUAGAGAAGGACCCGAUUUUGCGCCGGCCGUCGACGAGCCGGCGCCAGCUCGGGAUCCUGCCCGUGGCGCUCAUCACGUAUUUCAACGUGUCGGGCGGCCCGUGGGGCAGCGAGCCCAUCAUCGCGUCGUGCGGGCCGCUCAUCGGGAUCCUCGCGGUCUCGAUCUUCCCGUGGAUCUGGUGCAUGCCAUUGGCCCUCGUCUACGCCGAGCUCUUUAGCGCCUUCCCGACCGACUCGAGCUUUUGUACAUGGGUCGGCAUGGCCUUUGGCCGCCCCAUGGGCUUCCACGUCGGCUACUGGUCGUGGGUCGCCGGCGUCAUUGACAAUGCGAUUUAUCCGUGCCUCAUUGUCGACUCGCUCUUUGGCCUUCUCAACGGCAACCUCGACGGCGACGGCGGCGACGACGGGCUCUCGUUCGGCACCAAGUUUGGCGCGCGCGUCGCGAUCGCCAUCUUGUUUAUGAUCCCGACCCUCACGAGCAUCAAGAUGGUCGGCAACACGAUGCUCUUCCUUGCCAUCAUCGUCGCGAUGCCUUUCCUCGUCAUGGUGUUUGUCGCCAUUCCGCAGAUCGAGCCGUCCAACUGGUUUGUCAUUUCGGACGAGCGCAACUGGACCCAACUCAUCAGCGUCCUGUACUGGAACUACUCUGGCUUUGACGCGGCCGGCGCCUACGCGGGCGAGAUCCAGGACCCGAAGCGCACGUAUCCCAAAGCCAUGAUGCUCACAGUUGUGCUCAUUGCGUUCACGUACAUCAUCCCGUUCGUCGCCAUCUCGGGCGCUGACAAGCCUCACUACACGACAUGGACCGACGGCUCGUACUCGCAGAUCGCCCAAGGCAUUGGCGGCGUCUGGCUCUGCGUCUGGGUGUUGAUUUCCAACUUCUUCGGCAACCUGGGCUUGUACAUAGCCGAGAUGACCAAAGACGGGUUCCAGCUCGCGGGCAUGGCCGACUCGGGUCUCGCGCCGUCGUUCUUCGCCGUGCGCCAUGGCCCCAACGGCGUGCCCCGCCGGUCGAUCUUUCUGUCGUUCUCGAUCAUUGUGGUCAUGUGCCUCUUUGACUUUGAGACGAUUCUGGGCGUCGACAACUUUCUCAACGCGCUCGCGAGCGUCGUGGAGAUUUGUGCCGCCGUGCGCAUGCGCUACACGCACCCCGAGAUUGACCGUCCGUACAAAGUCGCGCUCUCGGAUCAAAACCUGGCAAUCGCGAUGGUGCUACCGCUCUGCGUCGGCUGCUACGUCGUGUGGAACGAACUGCUCAUCAACACGGUGACGCUCGUGCUGUGCACGCUCGCGCUCGUCAUUGGCGCCAUCAUGCAGCGCUUCUUGGAACACGCGCACCCGCACACGUUCAUGCACGUCUAGCACCCGCCACUUGCCAUGUACACCAACCAAUAUAUAGCAAGCACC